AUGGUGACCAUAGAUAAAAGAAGAAGAAUGUCAUCAAAAUGGGUGGAUGAUAUUGUGCCAUCUGUGAACAAAUAUAUAAGGAACCUAUCUAGAAGAUUGGCAGCAUAUGAGGUACAACGUUGUAGUGAUUCAAAGGCUGAGGACUUUUAUAAAGGACAGAGGUGUGAGGUUCUGUUGACUAAUGGAAUAUGCAAUUGUAGAAAGUGGCAAGUCUUUGGAAUACCUUGUGUACAUGCUAUGGCAUUCAUCUUCUCUAUCAGAGGUGCAAAAUGGGAAGAAUAUGUUGAUUUAUAUUUUUCAGUAGAGAAAACUAGGGUUACCUACAACUUGGAGAUUGCUCCUAUACCUGACAUUAACCAAUGGACUUCUAAUGGUCAAUUGGAUGGUUUACUUCCUUCAUUGUCAAGGAGACCAUCUGGAAGACUGAAGAAAAAUAGGAUAAGGGCUACAGAUGAGAUAAAGUCAGGCAGACAUAAAUGUGCUAGGUGUGGUGGAUUUGGUCAUCAAGCAAGAACUUGUUUGGCGACAAAUAUUGGAGCUUUAUGA